AUGCCAGACGAAGAAGGACACGUCAUUAUUGUGACGCCAUACCUACGACCGUGGUAUGAUCCCAAGUUCAAAACCAUCAGCGAGGGGGUUCAGUUCUUCAGAGAAAUGCUUGAGUUCCCAGGGAUCCAGUUUAUUCACCACAAUCAUAUUGCUCAUCUUAACGGAGGAUUCACGAAUAUCGUGAUGCAUGCUACAUCGAUGUACGGACCAGACAGUUUCCACCCCUUAGAGAGGGAUCUGAAAUACGACUUCUCCAGUCGUGUGCGAUAUCGUUCACGCACUGAACGACCUCCGAGAUACUACUUCAUUGACUAUGGCCUUUCGAUCCUCUAUAAACCCGAAGAACUGCCGGCCACCGUGCGCGCACAUGAAGGAGGAGACAAAUCAGUUUCUGAAUUUCUUACCGAUCCAGACUGGAGAAAGCGAACGCCGAAGCACCAUCCAUUCGCUUCGACAUCUAUUAUGUUGGUAAUGCAUUCAGAGCCUUCCUCUGCAGACGCGAAAGAGCUCCGUGAGAUGAAAGGAUUUGGAUUCAUGGAGCCUCUGAUAGCUGCGAUGACUGAGCCAGAUCCUGCGAAGCGUAUCCAAAUCGACGAAGCUGUCAAGAAGUUUGCACUCAUCGAGAAAGGCCGCUGUCGGUCACUGGGUGUGGACUCUGGGACUCAUUGCACAGGGAAUACAGGCCAUCCCUAA